AACGUCAGUUCACAGCUGCUGAAGGAAAGGGAAGUUGUUUGCUGCAUUUGUAAUAUUUGAAAAUAAUCAUUGACAUGGCUAUGUUAGCUAGAACUCUUGGACGUACCCUUGUGCAGGGUCUUCAGACCACUACCGCUCGUUCCAUUCAAACAACAGCUGCUGUCAACAGCGAUCCUGGCACUCAUGGUGGCAAUCGUACUACCUGCACAUUAAUUCCCGGUGAUGGCGUUGGUCCAGAAUUGGUCUACGCUUUACAAGAAGUUUUUAAGGGUGCUAACGUUCCUGUUGAUUUUGAAUCAUACUUCCUUUCCGAAGUCAAUCCAGUAUUAAGUGCUAAACUGGAAGAUGUUGUGGCUUCUAUUCAAAAGAAUAAAGUUUGCAUAAAGGGCAUUUUAGCCACACCUGACUACAGCGUUUGUGGUGAACUCCAAACUCUCAACAUGAAGCUGCGUAAUGAGCUGGACUUGUAUGCUAACGUAGUGCAUGUUCGCAGUUUGCCUGGCGUGAAAACACGUCACCAGAACAUUGACACUGUUAUUAUUCGUGAACAGACCGAAGGUGAAUACUCUGCUUUGGAGCACGAAUCGGUUCCCGGCAUUGUGGAAUGCUUAAAGAUUAUCACUGCCAAGAAAUCAAUGCGCAUUGCCAAGUUUGCCUUCGAUUAUGCUACCAAGAACAAUCGUAAGAAGGUUACUGCUGUUCACAAGGCCAAUAUUAUGAAAUUGGGUGAUGGUUUGUUCUUAAAGUCCUGCGAACAGAUGGCCAAACUAUAUCCACGUAUACAAUUUGAAAAGAUGAUUGUCGACAAUACCACUAUGCAAAUGGUAUCACAUCCCCAUCAGUUUGAUGUUAUGGUUACACCCAAUUUGUAUGGUAACAUUGUGGAUAAUUUGGCUUCAGGCUUGGUGGGUGGUGCCGGUGUGGUAGCUGGUGCUUCAUAUUCUGCUGAAGCUGUAGUCUUUGAACCUGGUGCACGUCACACUUUCGCUGAAGCUGUGGGCAAGAAUGUAGCCAAUCCCACCGCCAUGUUCUUGUGUGGCACCAAAAUGUUGCGUCACAUAAAUUUACCAAGUUACAGCGAUAGAAUCAACAAUGCUCUACACCGCGUACUUAUGGAUGGCAAAGUCAGAACCAAGGAUUUGGGUGGCCAAUCUACAACUCAAGACUUUACACGCGCCGUCAUUGCCAACAUUCACUAAAAGUCACAAGAGAAA